AUGGAACACGAGGAGGGGAGUAAGGAAGACUUGCAGGGCAUAACUGGCGCGUCUACCGGCACCGACAACAACCAUGCUCCAGGUGACAGCAGAGUCAAGAAGCGUAGCAGAAAGAGAGAUAUGGAAAGCGGAAGCUCUCUUCAGGGACGGCUGGGCCCAACAGUGGCGGAAACUGGGAAGACUGGUGGAUCAAUGGUGCAGCUGCCUGAGAAGCAUGCGUCACACGAGUCUGUUUUGAAUCCUUUGCUGUACCGUGAUCCGCAUGCGGGCUCUUCAUCUGCUGUGGAUGCUUCUGAUGAUGGCGCUCCUGAUGUGACCCUAACGGAGAAGAGUCUUGAGAUGAAGCUGGAUGUGGUUGAUUCCAAUGAUGGGGUUCUUUGCAAUGAUUCUGAGGUUCGAGCCGAGGAGUCAGUUGGUGUUUCGGAGGAGAACGCUACACAGGUUAGGCCUCCCAGUGCUGAUUUUCCCCUGUCCAAGCCAUCACCUUAUCAUGAGGCGUUGUUGUCAUCGACAAUCCACACACCGCGUGUUGCACUACCAGUGCGCGAAGAGCCGAAAAGACUGAGCAUUUCUCUUCGUUGCUGGGUGUUGUGUCCACUCGUGUUAAUUUUAUUGUUGGUUGCAGUUUUGACGCUAACAGUGGCAACCGUGUCGUCACGCGAUAGCUCUGUGGGUUUAUUUAAGUCACUGCAAGAGCUGGUGGUGUCUAACAUGGAAUCAUCUGUGGGUCAAUCGUCAUUCUCGAAGAUGAUGCAGAUGGCACAAUCAACGGGGAGCAUGUAUUUCUCGAACAACACCUUCGUGAAUUCCUCUACAGACAAACUGAUGCCACUUGAGAAUGGAAUGAUGUCGCGUCUAUGUGCUCUUUUGCGCGAUAUGGAUCCGGAAAAGGUAGUAUCUGCCAUGAGUGCUGUGUCCUUGACAAGGAAAGAAGCCACGAUGUGUUGUAAUUCUCGCAUACGCCCUGGUUUAUAUGUUGGAACAACAAGCAAAAAUGGUUUUAUGAGUGAUUUACACUUUGUUGACCCGCUUACAUUGGAUUAUGCAAUCCCCCUACAACGGCUUCCUAUGCUUCAAAAAGAAAUGAGUGUGGACACUUUUGCUGCUAUUCAACGCUACGAUACUGUGGUAAAGCCUUGGAAGGAAUCACUUCAAAAGGGUGAGGUGAUGAAUGCGUCACAGUAUUGGGUAACGCCAUCUAGACCUCCAACAUAUCUAGAGUAUGUUUAUCCGUUUUUGGAAUCGUACGAAGAUGGUACUACUGGUGUUGCUUACUUGGCUGUUUCUAUGUUGACUGACAAUAUGCCAAGCAUGCAGUUGUACAAAGCAAACGAAACUGGCAUUCGUGUGAUGCUUGUGGAGCCCAACGCCACAGCAGAACGAUUCCUUGUUUUUGGGAACAAUUGGGGUCAACCACUCUCCAACGUCACGAAUGUGUGGAAAUCGACUAUUAGAGGUGAGCCAAUCAGAUUUAUGUAUACUGACGAUGUGACUGAUCCCGUGAUGCGCGAGGGACUGAAACACAUUAACCUGCGUGACGUCAUGAGUGUUGGUCAGAAGGUCGAAAAACGAUUUUUGUACGGCGGGUUCGAUGCACGUAUCACGGCUAAGUAUGUUGUCACUGAGAGUGGUGUGGAGUUGGUACUUGUGGUUGUUACCGACCGUAGCUACUAUCUGGGGCCCGUACUGUUUCACCGUGAUGUUACCUUUAUUGGCGAAGCCAUUGUAUUGCUAUUGGUGACUGUUAUUUGUAUUAUAUUUGUGGAGUGCUGUAUGGUUCGCCCUCUCCGUGCAAAUCGGUCGAAGCUGAAGAUGGCGCUCAGUGGCACAUCUGUGACAACCACAAAACAUCGCAGUGUUGCGCUGCGUGAGGUGCGAGAGCUGGAGGAUGUGUGUGACACGUUGCGUCGUCGUCUUGACAAGAUC